AUGUACCUCCCCGUCCUAGGGCAAGCGUUCAACCAGGGCCGCCACCUAACCGCGGCCUUGCCUAUGUCAGGCACCGUGCGCACGCUGCAUACGCGCACCCGGCGCCAAGUGCGCUCGCGACUGUCGUCCCCGCAGCCCGGUCCACCGGAUCUCGCCGAAGAAGAUCUGGAUGGUCUCUCGCCACACACGCGCUCGAUGACGGAGCUAGUGGCGAGUACCCCUGCCACCCAAAUGCUUGCCAACUACGCGGGAGGGAGGGGUCUGCCAGCAGCGCAACCUGCAGGCGCUUCUGACCAGCGCGAUGCCGACGGUGCGGUCGAGCAUGGAUGGGCAGGGGAGCCCAUGCCUCAAGAUCUGGGAGCCGCCCAGGAGCUCAUCCGCCGCCAGGAUCGCGAAAGGGCGCGCCUGGAGAACCAGCUGCGAGACUACGAGGCCAGGCGACGGUGGGCAACGCAAGCUGCCCAAGCUGGGGAGGCUGCACCGCGUGAUCGUGGCGCGCAUGCGUCGCAUGGCGCAGUAACCCCGGCUGCCACCCCUACUGCACAGGAUACCCGUCCCAUGUCCCUGGCCGCGGUGCGGGCGAUAUCGGCGAAGUGUCGUGUGCGGGGGGGUCCCUCAAUUCUGGACAGCCUCACACCUGCACAGCUGACGUGGGCAUCGCGUCUCAUCCGCGCAAUGUCGCAAAUCCCCGACAUGCAUGAUGGCUGGCAGGGUGUUGCAGCGGAUGUCAUCACAAUCGUCGUGUAUGGGACCCCGUCGAGGAGGAUGAGCAUGUGGCCCGACGAGAAUUCGGUGGAGCUUGCAAUUCUCAAGUCAAUCCACCUGUGUGUGGAUGAUGCUCGUGUCAUGGUUUACAUGACGCUCCGGAAUGAUCCGGUCCGCCGUCGUUUCUUGACGGACAAGCUGGCCAAAUGUCGGGCUAACGUGCUUGACCAGGCUCGGACGUGGACGUUCCUCUUGUUCGGACUCCCGUUCGAAGUUCCGAAGCAGUCCCGUGCGCACAAGCCGCACGUUAUUGCUGUGGUUACCAUCACCUUCAAAGAGUUCAGGGAAACGUAUGCUGCAGACGAGAGCAGCCACGGGAAUCUCACGUGGACUCGCGAGCCUCAUGCCGGAGGCCUCCCGUUCUCUCACCCGGCUUUCGAGACGGGGCUGCACAGGUCCUUCUUCAAGGGCAAGCCCAUGCCUGUGGUUGUCAAGCUAUACCACAUAGCUUACUACCUGGCAGGGGCCGAGCGCCGCAUUAUCCAUGAUGGCAAGGAUCUGGAGAACAGCGCAGGCCCCAACAUCACCCUAGUCGCCUCGUACCUGCGCAAGGUGACUGCGUGGUGCAGGGCGGCGAUCAUGGCGCCGUCCGUGAAUGGUAGUGGGCCGUGGUACGUUCCCGGCGAGAAGGCUUGGGCCUUCUCCAGGAACGAGACGAUCCUCAUCUCGACAGAUGGGAUCGAAGACACUGAAGGCAUCAACCGUGCACCACAGCUCGUGGCCGCACCUGUGGUUUGA